AUGGCUUCACUGUUCUCUGCGCCCGCAACCAGCGCACUGAGAGCUGCUGCGCGUAGGCAGGCCCCUUUUGCGGUAAGUGGGCCUUGGAAGCUGCUACCUCGCAUAGUCAUAACUCCUCUCACGAGACCAUAGCAAAAGCAUCCCCGCGCCAAGCAGCGAAAGGGAUGCGGACACACCUUUGUGUCAUGUGCUGCCGCCGAUCUUCAUAAGCUUACCCAGCUCCCUUUCCUCCUUCCCAGGCACGAUCCGCUUCGACUUCCGCCUCGAGCGCUCAACCUUUCUUGACAUCUCGUCUGGCAGCUUAUGGAGCUACUGGAGCAGCUGUCGGAACAGUAGCGUGGUACGCUCAGGUUUUUGGUGGUGGAAUUCCCGGUAUUGGAGAGAUGUCGGCAAACAUGAUCGACAAUGGUCUUCACCCGCCUGCUUACCCGUGGAGCCACAAGGGCGUGUUUGAGACGUUUGAUCACUCAAGGUGAGCUUCGAGCGCUGUGGCUGCGGAGUUGGGCAGGUUGAUUUGCAGCCAGCCAUGACUCGCGCGAGCAGUGAACGCCUGGUCCGCCUGCGCUGUCAGGAUGUGAGCCGCGCGCGCUGAGCUCUACGUCUCCUUGCCGCCCUUUAGCAUUCGCCGUGGAUACCAAGUGUACCGCGAGGUUUGCUCUUCGUGCCACUCGCUUGACCGCAUCAACUGGCGAAACCUGGUUGGCGUUUCUCACACCGUCGAUGAGGUAAAGGCGAUGGCUGAAGAGGUCGAGUACGAGGGAGAGCCCAACGACGAGGGCGAAAUUGGUAUGAGGCCAGGAAAGUUGGCCGACCCCAUGCCAGCACCCUACCCCAACGAGGAAGCUGCGCGAGCGGGAAACAACGGAGGUCUGCCUCCUGAUCUCAGCUUGAUCACCAAGGCUCGUCACGGUGGUGCAGACUACGUCUUUGCUCUUUUGACCGGUUACGUCGACCCUCCUGCGGGCUUUGACGUUCCCGAGGGUCUCAACUUCAACCCAUACUUUCCGGGAACAAAGAUCGCCAUGGCGCGAGUGCUGUAUGACGGUCUGGUAGAGUACGAGGAUGGCACACCGGCAACGACUACACAGAUGGCAAAGGACGUCGUAACUUUCCUCAACUGGUCAUCCGAACCCGAACACGAUGAGAGGAAGAGGAUGGGAGCUCAAGCCGUGACCCUGUUGACCGUCCUCUUUGCCAUGUCCAUCUGGGUCAAGAGGUUCAAGUGGGCAGGCAUCAAGAACCGCAAGCUCCACUACACUCCUCCUUCCGGCCACUAG